UUUACUGUCAUGUCAAAAUCGGACAAGUUUACCUCCUGAUACAUAUAAAUAAAGUAAAAAUAAUAAAAUAAAAAUAAAACAUAACAAGACUGUCAGUUCAUACACCUCGAACGCAAAGCUUUGUUAGUUUACAUGAUCAGUUUGAUAAAUUGUUGUAACAGACGUGUGUUUUAAAAAUAAAAUUUAAAAUGAAAGUACUACAAAAUUGUCGUGAGUGAACAUAACGUUUGAUAAUGUUAAACAACACCAUUUAAUUAUAAUUGAAGGACUGUACUAAACGCAAUGUUCCGGAGCAGAAGCUGGUUCGGGACUGGCUGGGGCCGUCCCAAGAACCCCCAUUCAUUGGAAAGACUAAAAUAUUUACACAAUAUACUUUGCAAAAAUACAACUGUUUCUGAAAGCAACAGAGGAACGCUUGUGGAAUCGCUAAGGUGCAUAGCGGAGAUACUCAUAUGGGGCGAUCAGAAUGACAGCUCAGUUUUUGAUUUCUUCUUAGAGAAGAACAUGUUGUCAUAUUUCUUGAAGAUAAUGAGACAGAAGUGUGGAGGCUCAUCAUAUGUAUGUGUGCAGCUUUUGCAAACCCUGAAUAUACUGUUUGAGAACAUCAGGAAUGAAACAUCACUGUAUUACCUCUUAAGCAAUAACCACGUUAAUUCUAUAAUAGUUCAUAAGUUCGAUUUUUCCGAUGAAGAAGUGAUGGCAUAUUACAUAUCAUUCCUGAAGACAUUAAGUUUAAAACUCAACAACCACACGAUACAUUUCUUUUACAAUGAGCACACAAAGGAUUUUCCACUUUACACCGAGGCAAUAAAGUUCUUUAACCAUUCAGAGUCGAUGGUUCGGAUUGCGGUGCGGACGCUCACCCUUAAUGUGUAUAGAGUACAGGAUGCCAGCAUGCUUAGAUUUAUAAGAGACAGGACGGCAGCGCCAUAUUUUAGUAAUUUGGUCUGGUUUAUCGGAAAACAUAUAUUGGAGUUAGAUACUUGUGUCAGGAACGACGCUGACCAUCAAUCCCAGCAAAAAUUGGACGACUUAGUUGCCGAACAUCUGGACCAUCUACACUACAUUAACGACAUCCUAUGCCUAAAUAUACCAGAUCUUAACGACGUGCUCACGGAACAUCUUCUACAUAAACUGCUGAUACCCUUAUACAUUUAUUCUUUGACCUCUGAAUCGAUUAAAAGACCGUCUACGGCGCCCCCCUACAAUAGGGAUCAUCUGCAAAACAUAGAAGUUAUAACAAGGAGCUUAGAGGCCAUUUUGACGGGGAAAAACAGCGAAAUGUCGCCUUCUAGAAUGAACUUCCCGAGACAAAGAAUCGAGAGCGAAGAAGAGAGACCUUCUGUAUCGUGUGUGGUUGCCCUGUUUCUCUUAUCGCAAGUGUUCCUAAUAAUAACACACGGCCCGAUUGUGCACGCGUUGGCCUGGAUCUUAUUGCAAUCAGACUUAUCGGUGCUGGAAGAAGGAGCUACGAAAAUUCUCGAAAUGUACAUCAGUACCGCUAAGCCCAAUGUCAAAUUGGAGUUUUCGAAGCCGCAGAUGAGUCUAGAGAAGGCUUUAGAGAAUAAUUCUGGCGAACGCGAUUACACUACACCGGAAUACAGUGGCUGUAAAACGUUCAGUUUCGACGACAAAGAUACAGAUCAUUCGAGUUGUGAUCUCGAUCCUGAGUUGGUAUCGAAUUCACUUCCGUCCACAUCUCAUAUAAGCGAAACGUCGAGUAUAGCUCACGACUCGACUGAAGAUCUCGUGACUCAAAUUCAUUCGGUUAAAUCGAGUGUCGUUCACAAUGAGAACAUGCCGGAUUCUCCGCUGCCCGAUUCUGGUAUAGAAUCCAGUUCUACGAAAUCCAAUUCGGAAUUCAACAACAUAACUGAUGAAGAGAAACAGCAAUUGCUCGGAGUCACAACUAGUACACCAAUAAACAGAUCCGAUUCGCUAGAGAAUGUAUUGGAGAAAGAGAAUCGAGAAAUCGCCAAGAGGCCGUUUCUAAAGACGAUCUUUGAUUCUUUGGAUUGUGGCGAGAAUGAUUAUAAAGCAUUAUUUGCUCUUUGCUUAUUGUUCGCGUUGAUAAAUAACAAAGGUGUCAACACAGAACUACUUGAUACGCUGUUGUGUCCCGAAGAGGAACUGUCUCAUUUGAACUCAGCGAAUACGUCGGGCCGUGAAAUUGUAGAGAAAAGCGAAGGAUCAUCGACAUCAACUUCUUCUACUCCUACAAAAAAAACAUUGCAGAGUUUUAACUCACUAUUGAUUUAUAAGCUAAUGGCUAUUGCAAAUUUGAGCUGUAAACCUACCUCUCAGGUCCGCCUGGUCACUCUGGAGUUGAGCGUGACGUUAAUGCGCAUCGCAAUGCAAGGGACUAGGGGUCCCGCGCCGUCAGCUAACGGGAGCUCACGGUCAGCGACGGGCCACUCCGGCCCGGGCUCACGGAGCGUCAUGAGCCGUCACGUGGCCGCCGCGGACACGUUACGUGCGCGGGCCGCAGCCCUCGCACGUAACUUUUACAAGUGCGACGAUAUCUUCCUGGACAUGUUUGAAGAUGAGUACUGUGAGAUGAGCAAGCGUCCUCUGAACGUGGAAUGGCUAUGCAUGGAUGCGGCAAUACUGCUUCCUCCCACACGCACGCCGAUGUCUGGCAUUGCGUUUGCUAAGCGACUGCCGAGCGGGGAGAUAGAGAGAGCCCGUAGAGCGAUAAGAUCGUUCUUCCUAAUACGAGACCUGUUCUUGAAGUUGAGCGGGAUACCAGAAAACCAACUGCCUCUGACGAACCCGGCACCGUUUGUCGAAGUCGGCAACGUUUUGGAUCUCAACGAUUCCGAUCUGAUAUCGUGCGACAUAAUACAGAAGGAUGGUACGUGGCAGCACAGGUUCUUAGCCGUCGACAACAUGCAGAUAAUACUCGUCGAGCCGGACAAACAGAGGCUCGGGUGGGGAGUCGCCAAACUGGUGGGCAGCCUUCAGGAUUUGGAGAUCCAAGGCGAUAAGGAAGAUCCGCGGUGCCUCCACCUGACCAUCCACAAGCCGCGGGUGGGCGCGACGGGCGCGCUUCCCAGGACGCUACUGCUGCGGGCCAAGUUCAAGUUCGACGACUACAUACGCAGCAUGGCGGCCAAACAGAGGCUCAUUAAGGGUCGCAUGAAGUCCCGCCAGAAGAAGAUGCAGCAGAUCGGGCGACUGCUGGAAGUGUCGGGAGUGUCCGCGCCCCCCGCCGCGCCGCGCCCCCGCCCGCUGUUCUCCCGCCCCGGCCUCUCGGCGAUCAGGAGAUCUACAGGAGGCGACGGCGACGACUCAGAGCGGAGGCUCCGAAGGCCGAGCGGUCACUUACUGAAAGACGGCAUCGUCGUCUAUCGAGAACGAACCACGAGCAGAGAGAGCGUGUCGAGAGGAAGCAGCGGUUCCCGAGAGGGAUCUCCGAGGGGCCACCAAGAGGAAAUACCACUCGAAGAUAUACGGAGGAACGUCGCCUCCACCAGCGCCGCGACUCCAAAUGUCGUACCGCAGAUAAAUGCACAACCGAGUACGUCCCAGGCGAAGACCCGAAGCAAUUCGUCUGAAGAAACCUCGUUUAUAUCGGGCGAAGCGCCGCGAACGAAACGGAGAGGCCUCGUCGAGACUAUUUGAUACAGGACCGGGCGCGGGCUGCCGGACCCACGAAUUAACUAGAAAAGGUAAUUAAUGUAUAGCGUAAAGCUAUUCAGGUUUAGGAAUCGGCCCUCGAUACCUUCGACAUAAACAGAAAUUUAAAAAAAACGGUGCGCGUACAACUUGGUGCACGUGAAUGAAGUGAAACUUCUUUUUCGAUGUGUGUAGUAUUGUGGUUUUCUUCAUUUUUCAUCUUUAAAUCACAUUGCCGUUGUAAUUGGGAAUGCUGUUUAUAAGAGAUGCGACAUCUUCAAUAUUUAUAUUAUAUAUAUUUUAAAUUAUAGAUAGAUAAAUAUUUUUUUUUUUUAAAUACUUCAUUAAAAUAUUGGACGCUACUCGUUGCUAACACUCGUGUGCGUUCGAGGGCCACGCAUUCAGUCUCGCUCUGUCUCUUUUUAUGCCAUGGUAGCGUUAAACGUUUAACGCAACCUUGUUAGAAGUCGCAUUAGAAGUUUCACUUCAAAAAAACAAUUCUAUAAAACAUAAGACACAUUGUCCAUUUUUCUGCUUACCACUAAUCAUACCAACACCUUCUGGUACCUAUUUCUACCAUAGCGGCUAGAUAACGAUUAUGGCAAGUAAUACUAAAAAUAAACAAAACAACAAAAAAGUUGUAUAAUAACUGUAGAUUAAUUGAAGUAAGUAAGAAGUCAGAAAAAGUCAUGAUAUGUGCAAAAGCAAUAAGAUGAUACAUGUAUUUGCAAUACAAAAACUCAAAAUGGACCAUUUGACCAUGGUAUGCUUAGUGUGUGGUAUGUUUAUUGUUAAUUAAACUUGAAAUUAUAUGUGUAUAAAAUAAUGGAACAAGUAAAAUUAAUAUUUAAUAAUUUAUUUGAUAAUCAUGAAAUUUUAUAUCAAAGCAUCAGUUAUUAAGGUCAUGAUGAAGUUUUAAAUCAAUUAGUGUUUUAAUAAUAUCCCUUCUUUAAUAAUACGUAUGACUUUUAAAAACUGUCAUGCUAUGUAAUAAUAUUAUUUCACUUACACACUUAGAUAUCUGCCUCUUUCUCUUUUAACGCGUGUAAAUAAGAGCGAUAAAGACGGAAUUAUUUCGUGUUUUUGACGAUAAUACGGAUAAAUGAGAAAUCACGGUGGUUAUAAAGAAAUGUUUACUAGUGUAGAUUCGAUUUCAAUAACUAAUAAUAAUGUAGGAAUAAAAUAUGUAACGAGCUCAAUAUGUGACAAAUUGUAAGUUUAGAACAAAAAGGUUGGUUAAAAUUUGUUAAAUUUGGUGUUGCUAACUUUAAAAAUUGUGAAUAAAAAAUCAAAGCUUGCUUAUGGUUAGGGUUGACAAUUAUAGUGGGUUUUUUUUUCAAACUUCAAUAUGGAUGUUUAUUUAAAAAUAGAUGAGUGCGAAAAAUACAAACAAUCCUUUCAUAAAUAUGUAAAUAUAAAUGAAAUUAAUGAAAAAGUUUGUAGGUAACAAAUUUGUGCGCCUUUGAAUAGGGCUCAACAAAUUUAUACACCAGUGAUAAAUAAAAACGAUAAUUGAAAAUAAAAAUUCGAUUAUAACUUAUAACAAUUGUUUCUUCUUAUGUGACGACAAAUAAUUCGAAAUAAAUAUUGACUAAUGGAGGCCAACACAACACAUCAACAUUACAGAUCUGAUAUUUCAACAAAAAAUUGAUCAUUGAAUAAAUGAAUUUAAUUUUUUAUUUAAACCAAUAUUAAUUAAAAAAUACUAGAUUAGACUAAAGUAGAUGUAUUUGUUUAAAUUGCAUUGAAAAAAUGUCGUUUCGCGUCCAUUUAUAUAGUAUUCUUAAGAGUUUUCUAAACACGAUAUCUUUUAAUGCCUAAAAUAGGUUUUAAUAUAUUUAUUUUGAAAGCUUACGUUCGUUACAUUAUGCGCUGUGAAUAAAUCUUAAGCUAAAUUGUUACGUAAUUCCCCUUAGUUGAAUUCUAUGAAGAACUGAGUUCUUCUUAUACAGUGUGUACUGAAAUUGUUUCCAAAACGAAGACAACUUCUGAUGUAUGUAAUUGCCUAAUAUGCUACCAUGUAAAUUAUGUUCAAGAAGGUAUGUUUAAUAUAUAAUAGCAUGAUAUGUUCUAUGUGCGAUUUCUAAGCCCUUGACUAGAAGCACUGGGAGUAAUUACAAAGUCGGAAGAUCAAGGGUUACCACGUAAAUAUGAGUCUCUCUUCGAUCGGUCCCUCACUGCUGAGGAUCGUGACUCCGUCCGAUUUCGUUAGCCAGCUGUCUCCAUCGAUCCCGCCCUGCAACCCGGUGGAGUGGGUCACUGACAGGUAUCCUCAGUUCCUCCGCUAUUUGGUCCGACCAUCGUUUGGGACCUUUACCCCUCUAAAUAUGAGUAGGUAUACUAAAACAACAAAUUUUAUGCUUUUCCGCCUCAUGUACUGCACCUCAGCUGCACUAAGCGCGACUGUUCUUUGCUUCUUAGCCUCCCAACUUAUUGGUGUUCCACCAUAUGUAGAUACGUAGUCUGUCACUGAGCGACGAUGAAUGGCACACGACGCCCAAUCAGCAUCAUCUGCCCCUUCAAGUUUCAUGUUUCCUUUUAUGUAAGUCAGACCUAAGUCUUUAGUUACUUGUAAAUAUCGCAGAACUCUUUUCGUGGCCUUAAAAUGUUCAGCAGUUGUUAAAUUGGCUAAGGUGACUUACUGCAAACAUUAUAUCAGGACGUGUGGCAACCGCUAAGUACAUAAGUGAUCCUAUAAGGUUUUGGUAGUUUCAGUAUACUGUCUUUGUCUCAGUAUCAUUUGCUUUUCAUCUCUUUUGAAAGUUAUUCCGAGACAGUAAUUAAUUUCAUUUUAAAUCUCUGUACAGGUAAUUUCUUAAUAUUGUCUAUUUUUUCUUGCGAUUUGCACGCAACUAUAAUAUCGUCCACAUAUAUGCUAAUAAUAAUAGUUUCUCCGCCUUUCGCGUAUAUGUACAUGUAUGGAUCAUCUUUGGUAGGUUUGAAACCUAUUGAUUUUAAUUCGGCUUCUAGUUUCUUCUACCACUGUCUUCCUGACUGUUUUAAUCCAUAGAUGGCUUUCUUUAAUUUGCAUACAGUGUUUUCUUUAUAUUGGUUUAAAUCGUGUAGCAUUUUUAACUUUUAAUUUAAUAUAAUAACUUUGUUUAAUUUCUGCAUCCUUUUUGUAUUUAAUUAUCUUUUCUAGAUAUUCUUCUAUAUUUUUCUGCUUUUUCAUAUAGAUUUCUUCUUCAAUAUCUCCGUUUAAAAAUGCAGUGCAAAUAUCAAUCUGGUCCAAAUGGAUAGCCUUUUGUACAGCUAAAGCCACUAAUAAUCUUAUUUAACUUAGUCGAGUCACAGGUGCGAAAACUUUCUGGUAGUCAACACCGGGUAUUUGUGAAAAUCCUCGGGCUACUAGUCGAGCCUUUUUGCGUACAAUAUUGCCAUCUGUUCCUAAUUUAUCUUUCAGAAUUAUUUUGCUGUCAAUGACGUUUCUAUAAAGUGGUUUCUUAACAAUAGACCAGGUAUCAUUUUUUAAGUAUGCUGUUAUUUCAGCAAUUAUUGAAUCAAUCCAUUUUAGAUCGUAUUCUUCGCUCAUGCAAACUGUGCAUAUGUAAUCUUUUGUCCAAACUGGUGGUUUUCUAGUUGUUUGAGGUCUUUCAUUCCCUAAAAUAUCAUUACUUUCUAUCGCCUUAGCGUCUGUUACUUCAUUGCGAUCUGCAACAGAAUUAUCCUCAGUUUGUAUUGUCUCAUUUUCAAUUACUUCAUUAUGAUCAAAAAUGUUUUAUUGUUUUGUUGCAGUUCGUUUUGCAAUUAUAAUUAAAAAAAAUGUACGUAAUUCUUUAUCUACGAAAUUAUCAUUAUUAAUUAUGUACUUAACCUAAUAAUGUGAACGCAACCUCUGAAUUCUAUUCAACUUUAAUAUUUAAAUUAAUCACAGCAUGAAUAAAAUUACGUAUGUGAGUGAUAAUUAAUUAUGGAUGGCCAAUUAUUCAACGCUAAAAAAAGUAUUAUUGUAAUCAAUUCUACGACAGCUAGCUAAUGGUUUAUGUUUUUGUGAUUGCGGCGAGGCUUGGGUGAAGCUUGUGUCCAACAGUGGGACGUCUGUAGACUGAGAGAUAGAAAACAACUUUUUUUAAUUCUCAACACCGAAAAUUUCUACUCAAUUAUUAAAUAUAUGGUUGCAUAAAAAUGUCAUGCUUGAACGAGGCUGUGAAUUACGUUCCGAGCCAGUGAUGGUGUGAAAAUGCAGCUCGGUAUGUUGAACUGUGAGUUUAACCUUUAAAGCGUGAACCGUCGAUAGAUCGACUCAUCAAUGCGUAUAAAGUGAUUGAUUAUAGGUAUUAGGUAAGGACCUGUAAGGACGUAUUUAAGCGCGCGAAUGUAUAACCUUUUUAAUAAGUUAAUAACAUUUAUAAAUAACCAUUUAAAAUUAUAUUGAUGUGAAUUUGGCGUAUUUUUUAUAAGUUAAAGUUUUUUAUAAGGUACUUUUUUCAAAAAUCCUUAAGAAAAUUCUGCAAAAUGUGCGAAAAUAAGCUCAGCGCGAAAAGGGUUCAGUGCUGCAAAUCCAUAUGCAAAAUUUACAAUAAUACCCAAAAGUAUCUAAUAAUAAUACUAUCUAAUAAUAAUAAGAAAAAUGCAAAAAUCAGUUUUCUGUAUAUGAGCGUAUCUUUAAACAGAGAUAGCAUAUAAGAAUGUAUUGUACAGUCUGAUGAUUUUUUAAAAUGUUAGGUGUGUGACUAAAAUAUAAAUAUGGACCUUAUCUUUUUCAGUCUAAGUACUGUUUUUAACUGUUUUUUUUACUUCGUUUUUGCUUGUUCCUUCGUAAUAUGAAUGUUCAUGUUCUGAGCGCACUUCUAUUGGUUGUACUGUGUUAUUUGUAAAUACUAUUAUAAUUUUGUGUUUUCGAAGUUGUGAAAUAUUUUGAGAGUAGCAAUAAAUAAAUCUGUGUAAAUAAUGGAGUUGGAUGUUUAAAGAUUUUGUGUUAAAAAAAUAAAUAUUACUAUUGUUGUUAACAAA